GUAAUAUGAAGUGGUUUUACCAUAUAUACAAAGAAGUUUCCCAAUCUUGGAAAUAUUCUUUUGCAAUAAAAGAGUCCUCUUGCCUUUCGUCUUCCCGCAGAGGACUAAAGACGUCUUGUUUGACUCAUUCUGGUUUGGAUAAGGAUGCUUCACCAUCCAGUUUUUCUGGAAAGUCUUACUCCAUCGUCGAUCAUACUUACGAUGCUGUGGUCGUAGGUGCUGGAGGAGCAGGUUUAAGAGCAACUAUUGGACUUUGUGAAGCCGGUUUGAAAGCUGCUUGUAUUACCAAGUUAUUUCCCACACGUUCUCAUACAGUUGCCGCUCAAGGAGGAAUCAACGCAGCUUUAGGCAAUAUGACCGAAGAUGACUGGAGGUGGCAUAUGUACGAUACAGUAAAGGGAUCCGACUGGUUAGGAGAUCAAGAUGCUAUUCACUACAUGUGUCGCGAAGCUCCAGCCACAGUUAUUGAAUUGGAACACUAUGGGCUUCCAUUUUCAAGAACACAAGAAGGGAAAAUAUAUCAACGUGCCUUUGGUGGACAAUCUUUGAAGUUUGGGAAAGGUGGUCAAGCCUUUCGUUGUGCAGCAGCAGCCGAUAGAACUGGACAUGCAUUGCUACAUACACUUUAUGGCCAAGCUUUAAGACACAAUGCGACUUUCUUUGUGGAGUACUUUGCGUUGGAUUUGAUUAUGGAUAAAGAAGGUGUAUGUCGAGGAGUUGUUGCAUUAUGUUUGGAAGAUGGAACUAUUCAUCGUUUUCGUUCCAAUGCAACUAUUCUAUGUACGGGUGGUUAUGGAAAGGCUUAUUUUUCAGCUACUUCUGCACAUACUUGUACAGGUGAUGGAAAUGCAAUGGUUGCAAGAGCUGGUUUACCCUUGCAAGACUUGGAAUUUGUUCAGUUUCAUCCGACUGGUAUAUAUGGAGCUGGUUGUUUGAUUACGGAAGGCUGUCGUGGAGAAGGUGGCUACUUGACCAAUUCGAAUGGAGAGCGCUUUAUGGAGCGGUAUGCCCCUUCUGCAAAGGAUCUUGCUUCCCGCGAUGUAGUUUCUCGUUCUAUGACGAUAGAAAUCCGAGAAGGAAGAGGAGUUGGACCUUUAAAAGAUCAUAUUUAUCUCCAUUUGGAACAUUUACCUCCCGAUGUGAUUCAUGAACGCUUGCCAGGGAUCACAGAAACAGCCAAAAUUUUUGCUGGUGUGGAUGUUACAAAGGAACCUAUUCCAGUUCUUCCAACAGUACAUUACAAUAUGGGUGGUAUUCCAACCAAUUGGAAAGGACAAGUUGUCACUAUAAAAGAUGGAAAUCCAAAUAGUGUUGUUCCAGGUUUAUAUGCAGCAGGAGAAGCUGCAUGUGCUUCGGUUCACGGGGCUAAUAGACUGGGAGCCAAUUCUUUACUAGAUAUUGUAGUUUUUGGUAGAGCUUGUGCCCGAACAGUGGCAGACUUGUAUCGACCUGGUCAAACGCAACCACCUUUACCGGAAGAUGCCGGUGAAGAGUCCAUAGCAAGACUGGACCAAUAUCGUCAUGCAAAUGGAAGCCUUAAGACUAGUGAAAUUCGUCUUCAUAUGCAACGAACUAUGCAAAAUCAUGCUUCCGUAUUUCGUGUAUCUCAAGUGUUACAAGAAGGUUGCAAGGCAAUGAAUGAAUGUUAUGAGUCUCUUCAGGACGUUAAGAUUUCAGACCGUUCCAUGAUAUUUAAUACCGAUUUGGUUGAGACCUUAGAAUUGGAAAACUUGUUGCAAAAUGCUUUGAUCACAAUAUAUGGAGCAGAAGCUCGUCAUGAAAGUAGAGGUGCUCAUUCUAGAGAAGAUUAUCCUAAGAGAGAUGAUAGCAAUUGGAUGAAACACACUCUCGGCUGGAUUUCUUCACCUAAACAGCCUUUUAUUGCUGCAGGACAAAAGUCAUAUGUAAGAUUGGAUUAUCGUCCAGUCAUAUCAGAGACAUUGGAUGCCGCAGAACAAGAAUCUUUCCCUCCUGCUCAGAGAGUCUAUUAGAAAAUGUGUAGAAGACAGCAAUUUUUUUGAUGUUUUUAUAAAAACUUGGAAGGCUGUUACGAUUUGAAUAAAACAAGUAAUACAUCUGUUGAAUGAUUUUUC